GAUAGUUGCCUUGGUUGAUUCCAGUAUGCCUUGGGAGUAUUAUAAGAAGGUUACUUAUCCGAUACCGGCUAAUGAUUCUGUCCAGUUCGUUUAUUUAGUGUGUAAUAGAUCAGUGUCUUAUGUUGGAGAAGAAGAAAGAUAGGGAAAAGGGGAUUGGGACGAAGGCUACCAGCGAGGACAAAGUAGAGAGCGCUGGUGAGAGCGAGGGCACUGCAAGUGAUGAAGUGCUUGUUGUUCCUUAUGAUAACUUAGCUCCUCUUUCUGACGAUAACCUUUUGGAUAAGCUUGUUGUGGUGAAGUUUGAUGAAGCUUCUGGAAAGAAUAUGGGUUUCAAUGGUCCCAAGUCUUUGAUGGAAGUUAAAAAUGGGUCAACACAUCUUGACUUAAUUGUUAACCAAAUUCAGUCACUGAAUUCCAAGUAUGGAUGCAACAUCCCUCUGUUUUUGAUGAACUCAAAGAGAACGCACAAUGAUAUCUUAAAGGUUUUGGAGAAGUAUUCCAGCUCAGACAUCGAUAUACAUCCUUUUGAACUGGGCGAACAAACUAAAGAUGAAUCAAUUUUCAGCGAGGGUGGUGAGGAUGAAUGGCAAUCUUCUAAUCAUGGCGCUCAAUUCCUUUCCCUCGUGAAUGGUGGAACUCUUGAUGUAUUACUUUCCCAGGGUAAGGAGUAUGCCUUUGUGGUUAACCCAGACAACGUGGGCAGUGUUGUGGACCCCAAUAUCUUGAACCAUUUGGCCCAAAACAGUAUUGAAUAUUGUUCAGAGGUGAUGCCUACCAACUCAACUGGUUUAAUCAAUGUUAUGGCUAGUUCACUCCAUGGAAAGUUCAAGCUUGAAGAUUUUACUUCAGAUAAUACUCAAAAGUUUGUAAAAGGGUUCAAAUUCAUUGAUACAAGAAACCUGUGGCUAAAUUUGAAAGCCAUUAAAAGACUUGUAGGUACGAGUGUACUGGGUUUGGAUAGCCUUUCUAAUUCAAAGUUAUUUCAAAAAUCAGUUGGCGUUUCCAUUCCACAGUCUCAUUUCCUUCCAUUGAAUUCUACAUCAGACUUACUUCUUCUCCAGUCAGACCUUUACACAUUUAAGGAAGGCAUUUUAGUUCGAAAUGAUAAGAGAGUCAGUCCUAGUGACCCUCACAUUACUUUAGGACCUAAAUUCAAAAAGAUAAGCGAUUUCAAAACUCGCUUUAAAACCAUUCCUAGCAUUGUCAAGCUGGAUAGCUUGGAGGUGGAGGGUGAUGUUUGGUUUGGAGCUGAUGUAAUUCUUAAGGGGAAAGUUAUAAUUGAUGUGGACCCUGGGCAACCUUUGCGAAUUCCCGAUGGAGCUGUGCUCGAGGAUAAGGAGAUUGACAGUCCUUCGGACAUUUGAGGAGAGAAAUAGUUUCUCUACCACUACGGUGGAUGAACAAAUAAAGGCAUUGUAAUAUCAUGUUAUUCAGAUUUUGUGUUAUUGAAAGAGGAAAUAAUAGUUAGAGCUUUGAGCCGACUGAAUCCACAUAUCACAACCACCUUAAUGGAGGAUGAUGCUCUAUGA